UGCGUCUACAUCCACCCCGACUCGCCCAACUUCGGCGCGCACUGGAUGAAGGCGCCCGUCUCCUUCAGCAAGGUCAAACUCACCAACAAGCUCAACGGCGGCGGGCAGAUCAUGUUGAACUCUCUGCACAAGUAUGAGCCAAGGAUUCACAUAGUGCGAGUGGGUGGCCCUCAGCGGAUGAUCACCAGCCAUUCCUUCCCAGAGACCCAGUUUAUAGCCGUGACGGCCUACCAGAAUGAGGAGAUCACAGCUUUAAAAAUUAAAUACAAUCCUUUUGCAAAGGCGUUUCUUGACGCAAAAGAAAGAAGUGAUCACAAAGACAUGAUGGAGGAAGUGGGAGACAACCAGCAGUCUGGGUAUUCGCAGUUAGGUAGUUGGCUUAUUCCGGGGACUGGGACUCUGUGCCCACCUGCCAAUCCUCACCCUCAGUUUGGAGCCCCCCUGCCGCUCUCCCCUGCUCACAGCUGUGAAAGGUACUCAUCGCUGAGGAACCACCGUCCUGCCCCCUACCCCAACCCAUACACCCAUAGAAACAACUCGCCAACAGCCUAUGCCGAUAACUCUUCUGCCUGCCUUUCCAUGCUGCAAUCCCAUGACAACUGGUCUUCUCUAGGGGUUCCCACACACACGACAAUGCUGCCCAUGAGUCACAGCACUGGCACAGCUACCAGCUCCAGUCAGUAUCCUAACUUAUGGUCUGUGAGUAACAGCACCAUCACGCCGGUAUCUCAGUCGAGUGGGAUGUCCAACAGCCUGAGCUCCCAGUUCUUACGCGGCUCUCCGGCGCACUACACCGCCCUUCCUCACCCGGUCCCUGCCGCCUCCUCCGCCUCCCCGCUGUAUGACGGCGGGGGACCCACCACGGACCUGCCCGACGGCCAGUACGAUGCCUCCGCACAUGCCAGGCUAGCAUCCACGUGGACGCCUGUCACCCCGCCUUCUAUGUAA